AUGGCGGAUAGAGACAGCGGCAGCGAGCAGGGCGGCAGCGGCGGCGGGGCGCCGGGCUCGGGCCCUGGCGGCGGCGGGCCCGGCAGUAGUGGCGGCGGCGGGGUGGGCCUCCAGCACGAGACGCAGGAGCUGGCCUCCAAGCGGGUGGACAUCCAGAACAAGCGCUUCUACUUGGACGUCAAGCAGAACGCCAAGGGCCGCUUCCUGAAGAUCGCGGAGGUGGGUGCGGGAGGCAGCAAGAGCCGGCUGACGCUCUCAAUGUCAGUGGCGGUGGAGUUCCGCGAUUAUCUGGGCGAUUUCAUCGAGCACUACGCGCAGCUGGGGCCCAGCCAACCGCCGGAGCUGGCGCAGGCCGCGGACGAGCCCCGGCGGGCCCUGAAAAGCGAAUUCCUGGUGCGCGAGAACCGCAAGUAUUACAUGGAUUUGAAGGAAAACCAGCGCGGGCGGUUCCUGCGCAUCCGCCAGACAGUCAACCGCGGCCCAGGCCUCGGCUCCACACAGGGCCAGACCAUCGCCUUGCCAGCGCAAGGGUUGAUCGAGUUCCGCGACGCCUUGGCCAAGCUCAUCGACGACUACGGCGUGGAGGAGGAGCCGGCCGAGCUGCCCGAGGGCACCUCCUUGACGGUGGAUAACAAGCGGUUCUUUUUCGACGUGGGCUCCAACAAGUACGGCGUUUUCAUGCGGGUGAGCGAGGUGAAGCCCACCUACCGCAACUCCAUCACCGUCCCUUACAAGGUGUGGGCCAAAUUCGGACACACUUUCUGCAAGUACUCGGACGAGAUGAAGAAGAUUCAGGAGAAGCAGAGAGACAAGCGGGCCGCCGCCGCCGCAUCCUCCUCCUCCUCCGGCGGAACAGAGCAGCAACCAGAGACCGAAAUCAGCAGCAGCAGCACCGCUAUCCCCACUGGCCCGCCCGGAGCCUUGCUGCAGGCGGAGGAGCCAGAGGAGGAUUGAUCUCCAUCUAUCUUUCCUCCCUCCUCUCCACAUCCCUCCUCCCUGUUUGGCUGCCUCCUCCCUGCCCUGCGACACAGAGACACUGGUAAUAAUGACAACAACACACAGAGAAAGACAUUAUACUGUAAGGGAGAGAAAGAGAGAGAAAACCAACAUCCACAAGCCGAAAAUAAUGCAUACCGUUAAAUAUACCUGUUAUAACUCCAAGGGGAGCACCAUCUACCUAUCCACCACCAAAACUGACAGCCGAGCAAGCAACUUCUUUCUCUCACCCCAUCGCUGGAUUGUUCCUUCCACUCUUGCUCAUCGUAUAAAACAGUAAGCAGCUGCUAAAAACAAACAAACAAAAAAAAAAUUACAAAAAAAGUAAUAACAUUAUAUAAGAUGAACUGUGUUUCCUACUUGAUUAAAAAAAUAUAAAGAACUGAGUGUUUAUUUCCCUAAUUAACCAAGAACUUUUGUACACGUUUAAGCUAUUAUUAAAAAAAAAGUGUUUGCAAAAAUGGUCAAGAUUAAAAUAUUGCUGAAUUAUAUUAAAAAAGAGAAAAUGUCCUUUUCAUGUUGAGCUAACAUUUGACUUUAGCACAAAAAAGAGAUAUUUUAGAACACGUAAAAUAAUAUUUUUAGUUUUUCUUCUCAUUUUGUUACCAAAUUUCAAAACCUUUCAUGGAGGUUAUUAUAGUAUAUUUGACACCCUAUAUACCUGUGAUUAGAGAUGUGUAUAUAUAUACGAGGGCUAGGCAUGCUGUGUGUCUGAGCUUUGUCUAAAUGUUAUGCAGAAGUCUGUAGAGUUUAAAGGUACGUAGGUUUAAUUCAUGCAAGGUAAACAAUAAGUGCUCUCUUUUAUACAAUAUGCAUUGCAUCUGGACCUUAAGCAUAUAAAAUGGUCAGUGAAACUUCUGUGAACAUAAAGAAAAAUAUUAAAAAGGCAUUUAAAUGAAAUUUGCUAACUUGUGAUUUUUAUGGUUUGAACCAAAGUUAUUCAAAUAGUAAAAAGAGAGAGAGAAAUGACCUCCCAUAUUUUUCUGCACCUGUUUGGUUUACAACUAAGUAGGUAUCUUGUCAUUGUUGUGUAUAUGAGAUGUAAUUGUAUUGUUCAUAAUAUAUAUAUUUUUAUGAAGUGUACUUAAAGUACUUUAACAAGCAGCGAUUUUCAGUAUGCCUUUUUUUUUUCAACAACAGGUGGUAAGGAUUUUUGUGUGGCCACUAGCACUAUUCUUUUAAUUUGUUCAGAGUCUCAGUCAAAACUUCAGCUUAUGCUAGUGCUAACUAACCUGUGUAGGCCUGUGGUAGACAUCAGUUCAACAUGAUUAUGGUAUAAUUCUACUGAGCCAUGGAUUUGAAUUUCCUUUAAAAGUAAAAGCCAAGUUGGUGUGUUGUAAAGAAAUUUUCAUGUAGCUGUGGUGCUAGUUGUUACUGGCUACAUACUUUAUUCAUGUAGUAUUGACUCCUCCCCAAGUGUGCAAACCUUCAGUUAUAAUUAUGUACUUUGUGUGAUAUAUAUUAAAGCUGUAAAGUAUAAAAACAGUCUGUGAGAAUACUAACCUUUCUGGAAGUGUUCUCCAACUUGCAAUUAUUUGUAGUAAUAUACUUUUACAGAUUUUUAUUUAAAAUGUUUGUGCUUUUAAUUGACUAACUUACUUGCUGCUGUAUAGUAAAAUAUUAAUAUAUUUUUAUCAUUAAACUGCUGCAUGACUAUCAUCAUUGCAAGUGAAAAACAAUAAAUGAUGCCUUAAAACAUA